CUAUUAUUUUGUUGUUGAGUUUCAGAUAUUUUGUUCUAUAAGCGAUCCCAAUUUUCACAAUUAUUAUUUAAUAUAGUCAAUUUGAUUUCACCGAAGCAGAAUGCCACGUACUGAGCCUAUUCAUCAACUUGAUGCCAUCGGUUGUCUUGACAAAAACACCAUAAAAUCUGUUGGCGAAUAUUUCGCUUCUAAACUAAAUAAUAAGAAUUUUCGGAAGCUUCCUGAUGAGUAUGAAAUUGAUCAGUCACCCGACGUAUUCUACUUGAAAUGCGCUCGUGAGCACAAUUUAUUGCUUCAGGAGCAAAUGGAAAGAAUUGCUGAGAGCAAGAAACUGGAGAUUCUUAAUGUAAAUCGCGAAAUAGAACUCUGUAAGCAGCAAAUCAAAUUACGAGAAAAAUUCGUUGAAUACUCAAAAAUACUAAAGGAAGUUAAGGAUAAGGGUGAGGCUGCUAAGGUCACCAUCGCAAAUGAAAUAAAUGAUCUAGAGAGCGCAAGCGCUAAAGUAAAGUUCUGUAAGCUUCACAUGGAUGCAUUAAAAAUGUUUAAAACCCAAUUCCAAAAAACCGUUAAUGAUUAUGAAGUUUACGAUGAUUUCAUGAAUGAUUUUAUUAAAAGUAAUCCCGUAUAUGAAACACCUGAUCAUUUUAUUGCUGGCAUGGAUGCACUCCUUAUGGCUUACGUUGAGAUGAACGAUAUGAAUAAUGGAUUGGAGGAGAAAUUCAUAAUGAUGAAAAAUGAAUUAAUGCAAACGACUCGAGAAGCAGCAUCUCGUGUAUUGAGAAUGAAAAAUGAGUUGGAGUUGUUCCAGCGUGCUUAUAUUGUUGUAAGAAACGAGGUGCAAGAAUUGGAGGAAAAACUUAAAAGAUCCAAACAUGUAGUUAUGCAGAAAGAUCUAGAGAAUCGAAUGAUGGAACAAGGCCUUUAUAAUUUAGGUGAAAUGUUAUGUAAACGUAGAAAUAUAAGCGUGGAAUUUCGUAAAAAUGAAGUUGACAAAAUUUGCAAAUUUAUCAAAACUGAAGUUGAGGUGCUUAGAGGAACUUACAAUAUCAUAAAACACUUGGAGAAAGAUUAUAAAAAAUGAUGUAACAUAAUAUAUAUAUUUUUUAUUUUUCUACAAAAUUUCUAAUAAAUGGAAGUAUUAGUGUAA